CCAGGUUGUAUGUGCACCCAGAUUCUCCUUUUACUGGAGAGCAGCUGCUGAAACAGAUGGUGUCCUUUGAAAAAGUGAAACUCACAAAUAAUGAACUGGAUCAACACGGCCAUAUUAUUCUGAACUCGAUGCACAAAUACCAGCCCAGGGUGCACAUCAUCAAGAAGAAGGACCACACCGCUUCCCUGCUCAAUCUGAAGUCCGAAGAGUUCAGGACGUUUAUCUUCCCUGAGACUGUUUUCACAGCUGUCACUGCCUACCAGAAUCAGCUGAUAACCAAGCUGAAAAUUGACAGCAAUCCAUUUGCCAAGGGUUUCCGAGACUCCUCCAGGCUCACUGAUAUUGAAAGGGAGAGUGUUGAGAGUCUGAUUCAGAAGCAUUCCUAUGCCCGAUCGCCUAUCCGUACCUAUGGAGGAGAAGAGGAUGUCCUGGGAGAUGAGAGCCAGACAGCACAAAAUAGAGGAUCAGCUUUUACUGCAUCUGACAAUUUGUCACUCAGCUCCUGGGUAUCCUCUUCUUCCAGUUUUCCUGGAUUCCAGCACCCCCAGUCUCUGACUGCCUUGGGUACCAGCACUGCCUCCAUCGCCACAUCCAUCCCUCACCCCAUCCAGGGAUCUCUGCCCCCAUAUAGCCGCCUUGGGAUGCCUCUUGCCCCAUCUGCCAUCGCUACCUCCAUGCCGGGAAGUGGGCCCACGUUCCCUUCCUUCCACAUGCCCAGAUACCACCAUUACUUUCAACAGGGGCCUUAUGCUGCCAUCCAGGGACUGCGCCACUCCUCUACAGUGAUGACACCAUUUGUAUGACUGGCCCAAGAAGAGGGCAACCUGGAUGUAGAAUAGGCAAACUUGGAAUGAAGAUGUAGGGUGGGGAUGUGGUGACGAAUGGGAGACUCUCCAUGGAGGCAUGGAACCAUUCAAGAGGAGAGAUGGACCCCUAAUCCCAUCAACGGUUAACACAAUGCACUCACUGUGGGCCAGCAGCCAUCUGUAGAAGGGCUAACUUUUGACUUAGUAAUGCCCAUCCGGAACAUUCGGAGAAAAUGUAGUGCAUCAUACAUUACACAUGAGUAUAAAUGCUACGUGGAUGCAGUCAUGGACAGAUCCAAGGCGGAGAGGAUUCCGUUCUGUUUUUUCACAGGUGUGAAGAACUUCACAAGAGGCAAUACCGUAGGUUGUACUCAUACAAUACCAUCUCUCCCUGUAAAUAACAGGCGUCAUUACUGAAGUAUUUGUAAUGUGGUAGCUUGAGCAUGUUUAGUUUCCCUUAGCAUUAGUUUGCUGAGAAAGCAACCCUAAAAGACGGGUGUCUUUUUUGUUCAUGACUAUGCGGUAGUUAUUUCCAAGCAUCCUUUUGUAAUACUGAUAGGCCAGAACCAUCCACACCUAGCUCCCCUUCAUCCUGACUUCCCUCCCAGCUCCACAGUCCUCCCCUUUUCUCUUGGCCUCUUGCCAUUUGUGUAUAGGAAAAUGCUUCGCGAAAUCUUUCUCAAGUAAGAGACUGUAGAUAUCACACCCUGACCGCCCAGAAGCUUUGUUUUCAGGAGUGGGGUUCUCUAAAAAAAAAGAAAAAAUCCUGCAUAUAGACGUAUUGGUGAGCACUUUAAAACCCACAGUUUCAGGCAGUAUCAGAGGAUUUGUUUCGCUCAUCACUAGAGACUUUGAACUUGCUCUGGAAGGAUAACUCUGCCAGUGAUGCCCAAGUCUCAAGGUCAGACUGGACAAAAUUCCCAUCUCCAUCUCCUGAAGGUCAGCUCCUGUAUCAAGCAGAUGUUCCCCAAUGCCCAGGUUUGUUAGCACCAUUUAUGAGUGAUGGGCACCCUUGGGGGAGAUGCCCUAGUGCCAGAUUUAGUCAUGGUUUAUUGAACUCGUACCCCAAACACCGUAGAUUUCUAAAGAUUUUUAUUAUAUCUUUAUUUGAUUGUAAGAUUCUCAAGGUUCACUUUGAACUUUCUUCUUCUCUUCCUCUUCAUCCCCUGAAUCCCCAGCCUUAUUCUUAUCUAGAAGAGUUAUAUCUAACUCAUGAAGCAAGUAAUUGGCAAACCAAGGAGUUCAGAAUCCAUCCAUGCUACCUAUAGUUUCUCGUAGGCUAAGGAUGGAGACAUGACCUGUGAUUGCCUUAGUCUACAGAGUUUCCUCAUCUAAAAGUAAGGAAAACCAUACUGUGAGCAAUGACUUGUCCAAGGUAAUUCUUGUCCAGCAAGUAUGUAUUAGAGAUGGGACUUGGCCUUCUUGGUUCCAAGGCUGUCUUUCAUUCCUUCUUACAGUGUUUAUAAUAACCGUAUCAUAGUAGGUGAAUCAAUCUAAUAUGCCUGAGUAACUUGUAUCUGAACAUCCAUUUCUGACUUUGUGGAUGUCUUGAGUUUCAGGUAUAGAACAAAAACAUGCUGAUGUCUGCAUUUUGGGCAGCAUAUAAACAUCUGUUAUUGAUGGCAUUGUUAAUUGGGGGGUUUUAUGUGAUCCUGUUCAUCAGCAUUCUUGCAGGCAAAGAGAUCACAUGAUGC